AUGGUGAGGAGGGGGGCGGUGCUGGCCUUCGGCGACAGUCUAACCGCGGGCUACCAGUCUGUGGGACUCCCCAGUCAUCCGUACGCGGCUCGGCUUCGGGCGCUCCUGUCGGCGGCCCCCGACUGGCAGGUUGUGGUGGAGGCGGGGGUGUCGGGCGAGACGACCGCGGAGAUGGUGGAGCGACUUCCGCAGCAGCUGCAGCGCGUGCCGGGCUUCGACUUUGUCUUCAUCCUCGGCGGCACGAACGACUUGUGGAGCGAUGAGACGCGAGAGCAGAUCGCGACCACCAUCUGCAGCCUGCACAAGACGGCGCACGCGCACGGCUGCCGCACGCUGGCCAUCUCCAUUCCCGAGCACCACAUGGAGAACCGACGCCAGUACCUGAGCAUGGCCGAGAAGCGCAAGGGCAUCAACGAUGACCUCAAGCGGUUUGCCGAGGCAGAGGAGAAGACCGAGUUCUUCGAUCUGGCCGCGCUGCUUCCCUACUUCGGCCUCAGCGACCCCGAGCGGCGGCAGAUCUGGGACGAGGACCAGCUACACUUCAAUGCGAGGGGCUACGACCGGUUCGGUGAGCUGCUGUACGAGCGCAUGAGUGAACUCGGCUGGGUCUCAGCCCCCUGA